AUGAACACCACAAGUGACACCGUAGCACCACCAUACACAACCCCCGGCACUACCGUGAACCCGCCAGGAAGCCACGACUACUUAUUCCUAGUCGGAUUCUUCUGCACCGUCAUCCUCCUAAUCACCAUCACCUACGCUUCUUGCAGCUGCUUCAAGGCCUCUCGAUCACCACCUCCACCUUCCAUCACCCACGAUGACGGAUACAACGACAGAUUCUCUCGAGGUCUUGAUGACGAUGUCAUUGUAACGUUCCCGACGUUUGUUUACUCCGAAACAAGGAUACUAGAUCACAAGUUUGACAACAGCACCUAUGACAAAGGUGGUUCCGGUUGCUCUAUAUGUUUGGAGGAUUAUAAACCAGCAGAUGUUGUUCGGUUGUUUCCGGAUUGUGGUCACUUGUUUCAUGUUACGUGCAUAGAUACGUGGUUGAAGGGUCAUGCUACUUGUCCCGUGUGUCGGAACUUUGCGGGUAUCGAUUUAAAAGAGUUGACAUAG